AUGCAAGGUGAUCAAUCCGUGGAUGAUUAUUUCAAAAUGAUAAAGAUAUAUGCUGUAGCAUUGGGUAUCGAUUUAGAUAAUCAAGGCCUUAAGGAAACAUUCUUCAGUGGGGAUGAUUCAGUGAUAGAAUAUUUUGCAAAAUUGAAUAAAUGCAAUAAAUCAUUCGAAUAUAAAGAAGAGCAACUGAAAUAUCAAUUCUUACGUGGAUUAACACCUGACAAUCAGUUGGAAGUCAGAAGAUGUGGAUUGGAACUUCCAUUAGAUGAGCUAGUAGAGAAACUGA